AUGAAACCGAAAGACAGUCCGUCUGAUGCCUUAAGCAGCCUCCGCAAGGCGAUUGGUCUUAGUGAUGGAGACACGAUACGUUGCUUUGCUCAAGCUCAAGACGAUAAAUACUGUAUCGGUACCUUGCCAAAUACACGAAAGAAGAAAAACAACACUCUUCUACAGACCUUGGCUCUUUAUGAGCUUGGUAGCGAAGGUCCAUACGCAGCCCAGACGGUCGAGACGACUCUUGCUGAGUUGACCCAAAAUCUCAUCUGCCGCAGACCCAUCAUAUCGCAUGCGGCCAAGUUUGAGGUUGACGGAAAGCGCUAUAAAGACAAUCUGGAGUAUGUUUACUUCUUGUUGACCUCGAAGUUUGCGAACUGGCAGUUGGAGAGAAAGGCGGAGGAAUUAUGGAACAAUCGACAGCAUACGCCAACUCGAACUUCCCAAAAACCCAUGGCCAAAUCCAAGGGUUAUGCGAGCAACUCAAAGAACGUAAGAUGUUCUGAUGAAGAUGCAUAUGAGGACAGCGAGGAAACAGACGAUGAAAGCAGUGAAGAAUCGGGCGAUGAAGACGUGUUCGACACAACCAAAAGAGAGAAGCUCCAAGGACCUAAAUUAGUCAGGGAGAGUCCUCAUGGUGAGCGAGAUCUCUUGGUGACGCCAGUGAGAAGCCGACGUACAAGAAAUCGACGCAUGGUUUCCAGAAGUACAAGAGCAGUAGAAGGGUAUUUCGAGCCACCAUUAUCUCCUUCACCUAGCGACGAUGGAUUCAUCGUUUCACCAGCAUCAGUCACAUCUCCGGAUCCCAGCGAAUUGUUUACUCCGUUGUCGGCUGUCUCGACGCCCGACUCACUUGAUAGCAGUGUGGGGAUUGAAUCUCGGUGGUCUUCUUUCAGAACUUCAUAUAGAAAGCGACAAGAUGCAAGCCCGACACGUAGGGCAGAACUCACAAAUCUUGAUAUUCUCUCAAAAGACAUGACGCGAAAGUUGAAUCUAAGUAGGAGCAUCUCUGACAAAGAGGAAGACUCUGAUGAUGAGAGUAGCUCUGACACCCAGGGUCAAAAUUCUGGAUCGAGUCAAAAGGCAGCAACUGGCCCAACUCCUCGUCAACUUAUAACCUUUCAUCGGAAAAUACAACCCGUCCGCGACAUUCUUGAAUGCAUGGCAAAGUCACCUGGUAAAACGGGUUUCGCGUCUGGCUGGAUAUACGGCUUCACCGACCCAACAAUACAGGGCGACCACAUCAAAAUCGGAUACACAAAAUAUCCUGUUGCAAGAAGGAUGAGAGAAUGGGAAAGAUGCGGCUACAAGCCUCUUGUCAAAUUCGAGGUAUCCAUGCCAUGUGCAGUCAAGAAAAUGGAAAAGUUGAUACACUACACUCUACACAUAGAAGAAGAGUACGCAUCUUGUCCAGCCACAUCGUGCAAGAAGAGGCACGGGGAGUGGUUCAAUAUAUCAGAGGGCGAUGCACAGGGAGUUGUCGAAAUUUGGGGAAAGUUUAGUAACCUGAUGCCAUACACCGAGACACGUCAACUGAACGACAUCUGGAAGAGUAUUGUGACGGCUCAGCUAGCAAAGCCUUGGUCAUCAGGUACUAAGACGUGGUUGAAGGAAGAACUGCUUACAAUAGUGUCAAAGGAGGCAAAGCUACAGGACAACUUGGAGAAAAAGAAGCAGGAAAGAAAGGAGAUCAAACAACAAUUGCUAAAGAUCGAAGAGGAUGAAGAGCGACUUCAAAGACAGCUGGAAGGGUUGGCGAUUGGUAACAGGUAA